CUUCCUCGUCGAUUUUGCCACGCCGAACGAAGCAGCUACUCCCCCCUCCGCCUAUACUACAUCUCCGGGUAUUUUACAAGAGUAAUAAAUAUGACGAAGGAGAUGAAGGAUAUGAAGGAGAUGAAGGAUAUGAAGGAUAAGCAGGAUAUGCAGGAUAUGCAGGAUAUGAAGUAGAUGAAGUAUAUGGAGGAGAUGAAGGAGAUGAAGGAGAUGAAGAAGAAGAUGAAGAAGAUGAAGAAGAUGAAGAAGAUGAACGAGAUGAAGGAGAUGAAGAAGAUAGAGAUGGAUAUGAAGGAGAGAAGGAUGGAUAUGAAGGAGAUGAUGAAAGGGAUAAAGAGGGCUACGCAGGAGCAGGCUGGGGCUGUAACAUGGGUCUAUUGGGACAUCAAGAUGUGCCCGGUUCCCGAUGGCUUUCACCCUCGUCUUGUCCGUCCGAGUAUUAAGCGGUUAUUGGAGAAGAAUGGCUACCGUGGUCCUCUCAACGUCACUGCCUUUGGCAAACUAGCGGACGUCCCUAUUGAAACCCUGAGAGAGGUUUUUUCCAGUGGAAUCAAUCUUCAACUUCUCCCCCACGGUAACAUGUUAGAAUACAUUGAUGUGUCAUAUCCAGAUCGAGCUAAUAUUAUGGUCAUAUCCGAUCCAAAUGCCUACCCUAAUUCAACUCUCGGUCUACAAUCACUCGGCAAAAUCCCUAUCCAGCCAUUUCCAUAUCAAUCUCUUUCCACCUUACUUAUGAAAUAUUCAGGGGUAGUUGGGGAGGAAACGGCUGAAUCUGCCUUGUGGGAUUGCUUAGUAUGUGCCCGUGAUCCUCCUGGCCAAAGCUUUGCAACUUUCAUCUCGCAUCUAUCUGAUGAAGAACAUCAUGAACUGCUGAUUAGGAGUUUAUAUGCUCCACGUGUUGUUACUCCCAUGAAACAUGUAAAUCCAGCCUUUCUUACAAGAGAAAGUUUGGGGCCUGUGACAAUGGUCUAUUGGGACAUCAAUUCGUGUCCGGUUCCCCCUGGCUGUGAUGCCAGUCUGGUCGGUCCGUGCAUCAAGCGGUUCUUGAAGAAAGAAGGCUGCUCUGGUCCUCUCUCCAUCACUGCCAUUGGAAGACUAACAGAAGUCCCUAAUGACAUUCUGGAAGGAGUCUAUUCCAGUGGAAUCGCUCUUAAUAACAUUUUCUACGGGUUUUUUGACACUUUGUAUAGUCUUCUUUAUGGGUUUAUGAAUAGUAAUCCACCUCCAGCUAAUUUUAUGGUCAUAUCCGAUGCAAAAUCCUUGGGCACACCCGAUGCAAAUUCCUUCGCUUCUACGAUUGCUUCCUGGCUAAAAUCGAGGGGAUACAACGUUCUUCAGCCGGUUCCAUGCGAUUCUCUUAGCUUGUUUCUCUUGAGGAUGAUAAGUGCGUUGAUGAAACGAGUGAGUCUGCCUUCUGGAUUUGCUCAGUAUGCGACGAGGAUCUACCUUACCAAGGCUUUGAAAAUUUCACCACUCAUGUUACUAGUAGGCGACAUAAACGCGAGUUGUUGGACUAUUUGCCAGCGGUUCAUCGUUUUACUAGACGUGAAGAAGAAGAAGAAUAAUAAAGCGAAACUCGUAUGAUUUGAAGGCCCAUGGUGUGGGUUUAACUAGUAUGAUUAUUUUCAAGUCUCUUUUUCCCCUUUUUUUUUUUUCAAUUAAAUAAAAGCGAAACUCGUGUAAUGGCAAAAGUAACUUAAAGAACAAGUAAACAAAAUGGUUUAGUUUUAUGCAGUUACUAAC